UUUGCCAGCCGGUCAGCCGGUCCACAGCCAUCCAGCGAGCCUCACUGCAGGACAAGAUGGGAUUUACGUCAGUCUGCAUCAAGGCCCUGCUGGGUUUACUGACCUGUUCUGGACCUGUUCUGGCCAACGCCACUCUGAGGGUAAGUCCUGAAAGAUCUCAGUUCUUCAAAUACCACCCCAUCUCUCUGACCUGCGAGGAGCAGAACAACUCCACAGCAUGGCAAGUGAAGAGGAGGACCACCAGUGGAUCCAAUGGAACCUGCAACUUGGACUGGGGAGCCUUAACAGGGCUCUCCUGCAUAAUUAAAGUCCCCUAUCCCUGGGAUAAUGGACUUUACUGGUGUGAGUCGGAUUUUGGAGAGUUGACCCCUUCCAUCAACAUCACAGUGGCUGAUGGCCCUGUGAUCAUGGAGAGUCCUCUUCUUCCUGUGACAGAGGGAGACAAUGUGACACUGCGCUGCAGAACCAAGGCCGCGCUCUCCAACCUCUCAGCCGAUUUCUAUAAAGACGGGUUCUUUAUUAGGACAGAGUCUACAGGAAAGAUGACCAUCCACAUUGCCUCCAAGUCUGAUGAAGGCCUCUACAAGUGCAACAUCUCUGAACUUGGAGAGUCACCAGAGAGCUGGCUGGCCGUGAGAGCGUAUUCUGACGAAGAGAGGAGGAAGAGGAAACUGGAAGAUGUCAUUGUGGAGUCUGAUAUCUAA